AUGUCUACGAACGAUACGGAUUCCAAUGCUGAAUUUCUCUUUUUUUCUUAUUAUCCAUUAUUUCUCGUGAUCGCUGGUACUACUCUUAACAUACUCACAUUCGUUACUCUCUGUCGACGAAUGUUCCGAGAUACGAAAAAGCAACCUGUCAUGCACUACAUGCGUACAAUGGCAAUCUUUGAUAUUGUAAUGUUAUACGGAUGGAAUCUCGAUCAUUAUCUUUAUGCAAUACAUGGAUUCCGAUUUGUUGAAUAUAGCAUUGCAUCCUGCAAAAUUAUGAGUUUUAUUGACUAUUUUAUCACACCUGCAUCGGCAUGGCUUCGGGUAUUCAUCUGUUUAGACCGAUAUUUAGCUUUGAGUCAUCUCAAUCGAACUUGGUUUAGUCGUCCGAAAAGUGUUCUGAUUAUUAUUGGAUGUAUUGUUGCCGUAUUCAUAAUUUACAAUGCGCAUUUUCUUCUGUUUGCUUGUUAUGUUCGGUCUGAUGGUACCAUCACAGCUAAUUCAGUAUUUUAUCAAGUCUUUCCAUUAUGGGAUUACAUUCAACUCGGUAUUUAUAAUUGUGUACCAUUUGUUUGCAUGGUAACACUUGACAGUGGCGUGGUUUAUCAUCUAAUUCGUCUUCGUCGUACCACGGCGGUUCAAAACUCUCGCAUUCAACAUCGUGUUAUUUCGAUUACAUUACUUAUAACAACAUUUCUCUUUCUAAUUAUGACGAUACCAUCAGGCAUCAUCUUUGCGUUUUUCUACGACACGGUUAAUACGACAGUUUUGAUGCUGGUCGAUGCAGCUAUGUUUACAUAUCAUAUCUUAUCAUUUCCGUUGUAUUUCAUUACAUUUCACGAUUUUCGUCGAGAGUUUCUUACGAUGAUUCGAUGUGCAAGAUUUGCUCGAGUCACUGUACCACUGGUGAAUACAGUACCAAUGAAUAUAGCUGCAACGACGGAGAGAAAAAUCAUAUCGAAAACGACAGGACACAUCCAUACGCAAAUGAAUCAUUAA